AUGAAACUCCCUCUUGGACUCUGCACGUUUUCGUUGACGCUGUCAAGCUCAGGUGCUCGUCCGUCGUUCGUGGCCCGUAUCCCAAAUGGCAACCAAGUGACGGGCAUUGCAGCAUUGGGCCACGUCAAUACAGUCGGUGGCGGCGCGACGAAUGACUUCGGCGACGCGUUCGAAGCUGCUGGCCACGAAUGGACACAAGAGCUGUGCCAAGCUGACUCGGACAGCGAUGGUGCAUCGAACGGACAAGAGCUGGGCGAUCCCUGUUGCACCUGGACGGCUCGCGCGGGAUUCGACAGCUCUUCUUCCCCGGCCACACUGUCGUCCCCGACACACCCCGGUGUUGCAAACAGCUUUACAGAGUCCCAGCUUGCUGCAAUGGUCUGUGGGGCUGCAGAAGCUGAACUUGACGUCAUGUCUUUGACUGGAGCUGCCUCGUCGAUUGCGUCCGAGUCGGCUUCCGGAUCACUGGCAUCGUCAUCGUUGUCAUCGUCACAGUAUGGUGACAGCAGCGGCAGCGUUUCUGACGACGGCAUGGCUCAAAAAGACCAGACUCGAGGCUUUUCUGGCCCAGCCGUUGACCGAACGGUGCCACCUCCGACCACUUCGGACGCUCCUGUUCAUUGCUCGACUUUUGCCAUGUCUGUCUGCUUUUGCUUUUCAGUCGCCCUAGCGCUCGCUGCGAAUUAA